CUCAAUGCAACUGAACAGCGACCAUAUAAGCACAUGUCCGCGUUAAGAUGCUCUGCUGUUUUUCAUUGGAGGAAUAUAUUUAAAAAUCACUCCGCUAUAUAAUGUUGCAGGGGGAUUGCAUGCGCUGUGUUUAUUAUUAUUAUUUCUAUCACCAUCUUUGUGUUCUCCAAAGAUCUGCACAGGGUGUCUUCGCUAUGGAUGUAAGGGAUGGAAACACACAAAGGAAGAACACAAAAUUAGUCCAGUGAUGCCCACGACAGGCACUGCGUUUUUAAACGUAGCACAGCUGAGCCAAGUUUGCAUUGUAAAUCAGAUGCACUGAAUCCCUGCUUGGCCGGAUCCGUGUGUGUGUGUCGCUUCCCCCUCUUCAAAAGGAGCCGCAUCAACAAAAUGUUGGGUAGGUCGUUCACCUGGAGGAAAUAUAACCAACGUACAGUCUCUAUGCAGCACCGGCUCCCUCUUCAGCACUGACAUGCCCGCGCCCAGCAGAAAAACCAGGAUCAAAGGGCUCAGAGCUACAGCCGGACGCGUGAAUUGGAAGGAGGACGGCGAACAGGCGCACACCGGGUGUCCGAAUCGGUGGAGGCCGGAUCACAUCUGCUGGGGACGAGCAUCAAGGGCAGUGCGGCACUCCAGCGCUUCAGGAGCAGGCGACACGGAUCAGCCACACACCCUCAGUUCCACAAGACCGCCGUGUUCCCGUUACACUUCUUCAUCUGUCUCAAAGAUGCGCUAGAACAACACCCGGGCGCUCUGAAAUGCAUCAAAACAUGUUUUUAUAGCAGACAUGCUUUUUAGCGCUUUCACCCAGAGGAUUUAUCGAGAACACACUGAGUUGGAAAUGAAGACGAGGAUCUGUCAGCGUUUCAAGGGAUGUAAAAAGUGCCAAUGAAUAUAUUGCUUAAAUACAUCCUCCUUUUUCCGUCAUUGGCCACAUUGACACCCCUAAUAAGCAGGACCAUGGGUUGCAUUCAGAGCAUCGCCUGCAAGCCCCGCAUCCGCCGGGAGAACAUAGUGGUCUAUGAGGUCUCAGCCUCCAUUGACCAAUGCCCGACCAUCAUUGAGGAGAAUUCGCCCAUUGUCCUGCGAUACAAGACCCCGUACUUCAGAGCAUCGGCCGGGAUCGUGAUGCCCCCGGUUCCCAGAAACGAAACGUGGACUGUGGGAUGGAUUCAGGCGUGCACCCAAAUGGAGUUCUUCAACACAUAUGGUGAUAUUGGCAUGUCCAGCUGGGAAUUACCUGAGCUUCGAGAAGGACGGGUGAAGGCCAUAAGCGAUUCCGACGGCGUCAGUUAUCCCUGGUACGGUAACACCACCGAAACAGUGACCCUCUCAGGCCCCACAUCCAAGCCGUCCCGGCUAACGGUGAGCAUGAAUGACAACUUCUACCCCAGCGUGACAUGGGCGGUGCCUAUCAGCAACAGCAACACGCCCAUGCUCACGCACAUCACCCGAGACCAGAGCUUCAUCACCUGGCUGGUGGCGCUAAACGCAGACACCAAAGAGCGUAUCGUUCUGCAGACGGUGCGCUGGCGUAUGCGGGUGGACAUUGAGGUGGAUCCUUCCAUGCCGCUUGGCUCUCGUGCCAAGCUGAUGGGACGACCGCAUCAGGAACAGCCACACAUUCUCAGCAACAAUGAGCCCAUCCCGCCCAACGCGCUGGGCAGGCCCAAUGCCAACGAUGCCCAGGUGCUAAUGUGGAGGCCUAGGAGAGGACAACCUCUGGUGGUGAUACCGCCCAAAUAGGGGUGUCUUAACAGUGCCUAUGGGACAUUGAAGACUGCAUGCACUGUUUGGAUACUGGAUUGCCCUGUGGAUUCCCAGUUUUGUUGGGUUUCUCAAUUGCUCAGAACUGGACUGUUGAGAAGAGAUUCUCUGAAGUUUUACUACCUUUGAAGUACUUGGUCGGGUAUCAAAUGACCAGGAGUGACUAGUACUAAAUGUACCGGUUGGAGUAACCCCCCCUAAAUUUAAGGAACAGCUCACUGAAAAAUGAAAACAUACUAACCUUAAUGUUGUUCCAAACUUGUAACAUUGUCUUCCUUCUGCAGAAAACAAAAGAAGAUAUUUUGAAGAAUGUUUCAGCUGUUUUUGUCCAAUGAAACCAAUAGGAUCCAAACAUUUUAAAUCUUAAAAAAAAAGUCUUAAAUUUAGCAUAAUUUACUUACUCCCAUGUCAUCCAAGAUGUUCAUGUCUUUCUUUCUUCAGUCGAAAUAAUAAGGCUUUUGAGGAAAACAUUCCAGUAUUUUUUUCCAUUUAGUGCACUGCAUUUGGGUUAAAGGUUCAAUUGUAGUUUCAAUGCAGUUUUAAAGAACUCUACACGAUUCAGCUGAGGAAUAAGGUCUUAUCUAGCAAAAUGAUGAGGCGUUUUCUUAAAAAAAUUAUAUUUAUACUCUUUUAACCUCAGAUGCUCAAUGGAAAGGACACGCGUGACGUAGGUGGCAGUAUCGACCCAGUGUUUACAAAGCGAACAUGCAAAAAAAGUAUAACACUCUUUACAAAAAAGGUAAAAUAACGAUGUUGGACGAUUUUGAACUUAGAGGAGAAAAUGAGAUGGAGUUUUUCACUCUACCCUACCUUUUUGAACUGGAGUACACAGACUAAGAACUAACCACACGUGACCUUUCCAACAUGAUUAUGUGAUAUGUGAAGACACAGAGAUUAAAAGUGUCUGUGUGUAUAUAUAUAUAUAUAUAUAUCAGAGGUUGCGCUAGACUUCAACAGACAGGGUCGUAAAAAUUCCGUCAUAAUCUAUUAUUACCAAUAAUUUUAAUUUUCAUAUUUUAAUUAGAAUAACACAUUUAAUUGCUUUUAUUUUUGUUUACAUUUUCGUUUUAAAUCAUGAACCUACAGGACGACAUUGCAGUGUUUAAAAACAACAAAAUACACUAGGGCUGGGUUUAAAAGAUUUCUCGUUUAUACAAUAAUACAUUCUCAUUUAAUUGAACCAAUAUCGAUUCUUAAACCACAUUCGAUCUCUUGGUCUGUGCUGUUUUUAGUUGAUAAAUGAACAGUACAGUGCGUCUUCCUUCCAAUAGGCUAGGCUUUGUGUUACUUUUGAUAUGAAACAAAGUCCCAGAUUUCAAAUUCUGUCAAUUUCCUUAGGAAAUUCAAGCAAUAAAUACCAUCUUGGCGCUCUUUAAUGUGGCGUGAUAGAUUGUUGUAGCUUCUGUGUACUCGCCUGUUCGCAAUCAAACGCAUAGGAAAAAAAUUCGUUUUUGUUCUGUAUACCGUGCUCUGCUGACUGGAGCACACUCUCCACCAACUGGACAGGAGUGGGAAUUACAGCUACAAUUUACAAUAGAUCACCCUCAGUACAAUCCGUCCAAAAUGACGGACGGCCUUCAGAUUUUUCCGUCACUGAUACAAAAUUUCUGUCAAUGACGAAGAAUGUUCGGUUAACGCGACCUCUGAUAUAUAUAGUGUUAAAGCUGCUAUAUAUAUACAUAUAUAUAUAUAUUUAUAAGAAAAUGACCAAUCAUUUUGUUAGAUAAGAUCCUCCAGCCUUGCUUGGCUGGGAUCAUGUACAGCCCUUUAACUAAAACUACCAAAGCAGCCAUUUUGACCAUUUUUAAAUUUUGCAAUGCAAUAACUUUGUAGAAAUAAAACCCACAUAACUAUAAUUCCUGGACUUUUUUUUAAAAUAUGUGCAUAUUUCAUACUAACAUUGUUAUUUUAUUAAAAUUACGAAAUACAAAAGAGUUUUUAGUAUUUCUACCUUGAAUGGCCAAAGCAGUCAAAUUGACCCCUCGCAUUACAGACGGUGCAUAAUUUCAACUUUUGAGACUUUUUCCCUGUUGCCUAGCAAAUUUUGUUUUAGUUGUUUUCAUAUUCUAUUGCUAAGCUAAAAUUCCUGUUAGUAAAAAAAAAAACAUCGACAGAACAGUAUUUUAAAACACCAACAGAAGCUUCUAAUGUAAAUAUGACAUGGCAAUCAGUUCAGUCUAGUAUGAACGGUCAGAAUAACUGCUGUGGCCAUUCUAGGAGUUAUAGAAUUCUGGUAGUUCUAGUGUUAAAGCUACAUUGAAACUGCAGUUCGAACCUUCAACUCACUGGCCACCAUUGAAGUCCAUUGUAUGGAGAAAAAUCCUGGAAUGUUUUCCUCAAAAGCCUUAAUUUCUUUUCGACUGAAGAAAUAAAGACAUUAACAUUUUGGAUGACAAGGGGAAGAAAAUUAUCAGGAAACUUCUUUAAUCAAUGCAACUUCACUGGUAUAUUUCAAGUCCCUUUUCAAGUCACUUUGAAUGAAAUUUAAGACUUGAUUCACAUAGACUACAUAAAGUAUGGCGAAUGUCUACUAAAGUCAAACCUCACUGGUUCUUGUCACAACAUUCUUCAAAAUAUCUUCAUUUUUGUUUCAUAGAAGAAAGACAGUCAAACAGAUUUGGAACAACAUGAGGGUGAGUAAAAGACAGAAUUGUAAUUUUUUAGUGAACUAUUUCUUUUGGAAAACCCUUAGUGGUAAUAUCUUUACAACUAUUACUAAGAGUCUUACAUUUAGUUUUUCUUUGUUUCUGCAACAAGGCCCUAAUCUUUCAGGAUGGAUGCUUAUAAUGCAUGACACAGAUUGAAUGUUUGGUCCCAUACAACACAAAGUGGCAUCAAAAGAACCAAGAGAGGUCACCGCAGGUCCAGCAGGAAAUUUACACUUUUGCUUUGUAGG